UAUCGAUUGUAGAAGUAACUGUUUAAAGAGAAUAAAUUUUGUUCUUUUUUUGAAUUUUCUUUUCCAAUCUGUUCAAUUGUUGUCAAGUUAAUUAGUUUAAUUGUUAUUUCUUUGUGCAAAUUGAAUUAAAUGUCUUUUUCUUCUGAAAAUAUUGAAUUAGAACUUGGUGAUUAUAAAAUUCUUAUUGACGAAGGUGAUAUCGUUGUUAUUGGAAUGAGACAUGAUGAUGAUGAAAAUGAUGAAAGAGUCAAAAGUGACAAAGGUUAUGAAAGUGAUCAAAGAGUCGAGAUGGAUCAAGGUGGUGGAGAUGAUGAAAGAGUCGAGAGUCACCAAAUUACCGAGAAUAAUAGAUGGGAAAAGUACCAGGAUACCGAGGAUGAUCAAGGAGACGAAGAUGAUCAAGGUUCCCAAAAUAGUGAAACAUUGGAAAGUGAUGUGAAUCCUGAGCAACUUGUAGUGGUAAAUGUUGAUCAAGACAACGAAAGUGAUCAAAAUGAUGACAUGGAAACCGAAAACCUUAAACCGGAAAAUCAAUCAAUCUAUGGAAGUGACCAGGAAAAUGAAAUAAUAGCUGUUCAUAGUUAUGAAGAAAAACUCUAUGACUUCGAGAUGGAUUUAAGUGACGAUAAAGAAAACCACGAUAAAUAUGACAAAUAUUAUAGAUUGAAAAAUCCCGUUCUACGAUCCGGCCUAUCGAAAAGCCAAAAACUAAAGAAUCCUCUUCAUAAAUAUUUAUACAAACAAAACAGAAAAGAAUCUACAAGAAACUUGUAAAAGUUGCUCUCCAUGUAAAAGUGAAUUCACCGAAAAGUCUAAAAAAAAUCAAAUGUACAAGAUACACAAAGGAAAAACCUACGCAAAUAGAAAUUGUUGAUUAAAAGAAAAAGGAUAUCAGGUAAAAUA